CCCUCUCACACUGCGAAUGGAAGGCGCUUUCAGAGAGUCGGAGUUAGGCUCACCCUCCGUCCACCCCUGACUCGCUCAGUGCACUCACCACAGCCGCAUAACUUUGAUGGGGAAUUUCACCCAGCUUCAGGAAAAUGCCUGUUAUGAAAGGAUUACUGGCGCCACAAAACACCUUCUUGGAUACCAUAGCAACACGUUUUGAUGGGACACAUAGCAAUUUUAUCCUUGCAAAUGCCCAAGUGGCAAAGGGGUUCCCUAUAGUUUACUGCUCAGAUGGCUUCUGUGAACUCACUGGAUUUGCCCGCACUGAAGUUAUGCAGAAGAGUUGCAGCUGCAAGUUUUUAUAUGGCGCUGAAACAAAUGAACAAAUAAUUCUUCAAAUUGACAAAGGUUUGGAUGAAAAGACAGAAUUCAAAGGGGACAUCAUGUUUUACAAGAAAAAUGAGAAUUCAUUCUGGUGCCUACUUGAUGUUGUGCCAAUUAAAAAUGAGAAAGGAGAUGUAGUUCUUUUUUUGGCAUCCUUCAAAGACAUAACUGUUACCAAAGUGAAGAUUGCCCAGGAGGAUAAAAAGGAAGAGAAAUACAAGGGACGAGGGAAAUCAGGAACUCACUUCAGUUCAGCUCGUAGACGGAGCCGGGCUGUUCUUUAUCAUAUCUCUGGCCACCUACAAAAGCGAGACAGGAAUAAGCUGAAGAUUAAUAAUAAUGUUUUCAGAAGCAAACCAGCCCUACCAGAGUAUAAAGUUGCAGAUGCAAAAAAAUCAAAAUUCAUCCUUUUGCAUUACAGCACUUCGAAAGCACUAUGGGACUGGCUAAUAUUAUUGGCAACGUUUUAUGUUGCUGUGACUGUACCAUAUAAUGUCUGUUUUAUUGGAAAUGAUGAAAACCUGCCUUCAGCAAGAAGCACAACGGUCAGUGACAUUGCAGUGGAAAUCCUAUUCAUCAUAGAUAUUGUUUUGAAUUUUCGAACAACAUAUGUCAGCAAGUCUGGUCAAGUUAUAUUUGAAGCUCGAUCUAUUUGUAUUCAUUACGUAACAACAUGGUUUAUCAUCGAUUUAGUAGCUGCACUUCCUUUUGAUCUUCUCUACGCAUUUAAUGUCAAUGUGGUCUCAAUUGUUCACCUUCUAAAAACGGUACGCCUGUUACGUCUGUUGAGAUUAUUGCAAAAGCUGGAUCGAUACUCUCAGCACAGCACGAUAGUUCUCACCCUGCUAAUGUCCAUGUUUGCAUUGCUGGCUCACUGGAUGGCAUGCAUCUGGUACGUUAUUGGCAAAUUUGAAAUAGAGGGCAACAACCCACAUACAUGGGACAUCGGCUGGCUGCAUGAAUUGGGCAAACGUCUUGAAACUCCAUAUUCUGGCAAUAAUACGAUGGGGGGACCGGGAAUCCGAAGUGCCUAUAUUGCUGCCCUUUACUUCACCCUCAGCAGCCUGACCAGUGUGGGUUUCGGAAAUGUCUCAGCCAACACUGAAGCAGAGAAGAUCUUCUCCAUCUGCACCAUGCUGAUAGGAGCAUUGAUGCACGCAUUGGUCUUUGGAAAUGUAACUGCUAUCAUUCAGCGAAUGUACUCCAGGUGGUCCCUGUAUCAUCACAGAAUUAAAGAUUUAAAGGAUUUUAUCCGCGUCCACCACCUCCCAAAGCAGCUGAAACAGCGAAUGCUGGAGUACUUCCAGACAACGUGGUCAGUCAAUAAUGGGAUUGACGCUAAGGAGCUUUUGAAGGACUUUCCAGAUGAGCUGAGGUCAGACAUCACUAUGCAUUUGAACAAGGAAAUUCUGCAGCUCUCUCUGUUUGCCUCCGCCAGCCGUGGCUGCCUUAGAUCUCUCUCCCUGCAUAUCAAAACCUCCUUCUGUGCUCCGGGCGAGUACCUCCUUCGGCAGGGAGAUGCACUCCAGGCAAUCUAUUUAGUCUGUUCAGGCUCCAUGGAAGUGCUGAAAGGUGCCAUGGUGCUGGCAAUACUUGGGAAGGGUGAUCUAAUAGGUGCAGAUCUUGCAGGCAAAGAUCAAGUUAUCAAAACCAGCGCUGAUGUGAAAGCUCUAACCUACUGUGAUCUGCAAUGUAUUGAUCUGAAAGGUCUCUAUGAAGUGUUGGACUUGUACCCAGAAUACUCCCAUAAAUUCAAGGAUGACAUUCAUCACAAUCUCACAUACAACCUCAGAGAUGCUCAUGAAGGCAAUGGGAUCUCAAGAUUGUCCCAAAAUUCCUGUCCGAUAUCCCAGUCAGAGUCCAAUGGGAAUGGCAGCCUAAAUGAGAAACUUGCUUCAAUUGUGGAAGAUGAAGAGGAGGUAGAAGAAGUUGAUGAGACUACCCCAUUAUCACUUGUGUCUGCUAAUUUUACAUCCCACAAUCGAUCGUUAAAUCACAAUAGGACCAUCAAUGCUGGGAAUUCUCUUGGAAUUAACCAACCACUGCUCUCAGGAUCAAUAUGCUUCCGAUCUCCCAUCAGGGGCGGCAACGUUAUGGUCAGAAGCAGACAGGAUAAUGAGUCAACUAAUCUCAAGAAUGGAAAAGACAAAAGUCUAAAGCUGCAUCUUUCUACACUGAAUGCGUCUGCUUCUCCUGAUCUCAGUCCAAGGUACAACUCAUUCGGUUACAAAUGCCAGACAUUACUGCAUAUUUUGUACAUUAUUUAUAUUUUACUUUUUGCAUUGAACUUGAAAGAUAGAUUUCUUAUUAUGUAA